ACUGGUAAUUUGACAAAAUAAAUUGUGAUACAUAUAUGACACUUGUCUAAUUUUAUUUCUCUUGAGUUCUGAAUUUAUCCUUUUCUAAGAAAGGGCAUUAUCAUAGUUGCAUUUGUUAUACUUAUCAGUGGAUGCUUUAAGCAAUGGUAACCAUGUCUCACAAAGGCCACUCAGUUGUGACUAUUGAGUCAAUUGACUCAAACCUAGAGAUGCUACUACCAAAACUAGGCUCUGUGACUGAUUACUGCUACAGCAUCUUCUCAUUUAUACGACCUUACUACUCGGUAUCCAACACUAAGCUUCCUUACAGAAUAUUGUCAUCUUUAGCACCACCUAUCAUUUUUCCAGAAUUCCGACGUGUCCACUCUGAUAUGAAAGGGCCAUCGUUGGUAGUAGCCAUGCUGGCUUUAAUCCUUAUGUAUGGUAUUCAUAGCCCAAAUAGAACUCUAGUUGUAGAGCUGCUGAUCACUGCCAAAUUGAGUCUUGGGUACUGGUUGGGUUUUUCCUUCGUGGCAUUUUUUCUUUGUUACUUUUCCCAGACUUGCUUAACCCUGUCACAGUUAGUAUCAAUCUCUGGCUAUAGCCUUACUGGCCACUGCGUUGUAUUGCUCAUAGCAGAGGUUCUGCACCAGGAGAACAGUCACAGUGUAUUCUUCUUUCUAACCACUGUGUUUGGGGGCCUAGCUACCGCUAGACUAGUGAUAAUCAUUUUGGCACGUACCCCAGGACCUGCUCAGAGACUGCUCAUCUGUUCCACACUGGCCUGUAUUCAUCUUAUGCAUUUAAUUUACAUACAUUUUGCUUGUAUGAGGAAGAAAUUUGAAAUAUAAAUUCAGUAGACUUGAGUCUCCAUUGAAUGACAAGUUUCUUUAGUAAAUUUAUCUUAGAUAUGUAUUUAAAAUUGUACAUAAUGUAGAUUUUCAGUUUUUCACUGAUCGUUACAGUAGAUAUUAUGCUAUAUGGUAGUGUUGGUCAAUACCAUAUAGUUACGGAAUUUUAGUUAGGAGUCACAGUUACUGUUCGUGAUGGUCUAGAAGACAAAUAACUGACCAUGAUCAUUUUUACACAAGUUAGGGAAGUAAAGUGCAAUGGAUGUUCUUUGCAAUAUAAAAUUAGCAUUGAAUAAAGUUGUGACCUUGUUUAUAAAAAAAAAUUUAAUAAGUUUUGGGAAUGGUGAGGAACCCAUCUAAUUAUUUAUAAAUCCUCAUGCCGAGUUUGAAGUUUUAAACUUAGACUCAACUCUGUAUGUGAUAUCAGUAACAGGCAUGUUGUUUUAAGUACGGAUGUUAAUACUGUAAUGGUAAGAGUCCAUCCAACCUGAAGAGGGUGCUAACGUGAGGCCCUCUUUCUGGUAGUUACCACAAGUUGUAAAAAGUUAUUGCCUUGAAUAAAGGAAUAAAGCUG